AUACCACACAAGGCCAAUAUUGAUAUUGUUGAUGUUGUUCCCUUGUCCAUACUGUCUGUGUUUAUGUCGCUGCUGUCACACCACAAUCGCGCGCAAAUGAACAAAAUCUAAACAUACAGAACAUCUAACGAGUUAAAUUGCGUGCGUUAUUGCGAUAAUCUAGUGGUUUCUAGCCGUGAUUUUAUCAAAAAUAGGAUGGACCAAUCAUUCUCGAAGCGUAUUCGGCUCAACUCAUAUUUGUAUCGUACCCGUAACCGUAUAGUGGAGCAAGACCAGCUAGAAGAAAAUAAUACCAGUGAAAGAGAAAAUGAUAAUGCACAUACGCCAGAUGUUGGUGCUACAUCCUCACACGACAGUUUUCUUGUGGAACAUGAUUAUGUUGAAGAUGAUCAUGAAACUACUGCAUACGCUGAGGAAGAAGAGGCUGUAAUCGAUUAUCUCGAAAGCUCUGACGAGGAACAAGAAACAUCAAACGAACCAUUCUCCGUAAAAGAAGCUUUGCAAACGUGGGCGGUGUCUACAAAUCAAACUUAUGAUUCCAUCGAACAAGUCAUGGGUAUAAUCGGUAAAGUAAGUUCUUGCAAAUUGCCAAAAGAUGCUAGAACUUUGCUAAAAAUCAACCGCAAUCGCUCUUCGGAAAUUAUUACCGUGCAAGGUGGACAGUAUUGGUAUCGUGGGAUUCAAAAUUGCUUCACUAACGAGUUAAGCGAUGUAAACUUUGAAGCUGAUACAACAAUUUUACUGAACGUGUCAAUAGACGGAUUGCCGAUUGCCAAAAGCAACAAUCUACAAUUUUGGCCUAUUCUAUUUAACAUUCAUGGAAUGCCGGAAAUACCAGUCAUGCCAAUUUCAAUCUAUUGUGGAGCAACAAAACCAGCCAGCAUAGAACAAUUUCUCCGACCUUUUGUAGAUGAGGUUAAUUUUCUCACAAAAAAUGGUGUGGUUGUAAAAAACAAGAAGUUUAACAUCAAAUUACGUGCUAUUAUCGCCGAUUCUCCUGCAAGAGCUUUUAUAAAAGGUGUUGCUUAUUUCAACUCGUUAGAUGGCUGCUUAAAGUGCACUUCGAAAGGAAAACACAUCAAUGGAAGAAACGCAUACUCGGACACCGCUGGCCCAGAUAGAACACAUGAAGGUUUCAAAAACCGAGCUUACGGUGAUCAUCACAAAUUAGAUUCACCUCUUUUGGAUUUAGAUGAGUUUGACAUCAUCAUACAAAUUAUUGUGGCAGAUUCUCUGCAUUUGAUAGAUUUAGGUAUAACAAAAAGAAUGCUGAUGGCGUGGAUGUUUGGUAUGUUUGGUGUAAGAAAAAAAUUAACACCUACACAAAUCAACUUUAUUACAGCUAAGUUACUUAACAUUAAACUUCCUGCUGAGAUCCAUAGAAAAUUUCGUCCACUUUUUGACAUCAAACAUUGGAAAGGAUCAGAAUUUGCUUCAUUUUUGUUUUAUGGUUCAUUUGUCGUUCUUAAGGACUCAAUUCCUGAAGAACAAUAUAAUCACUUCAUGUUGUUUUUUUGCAGCAUCACAUUGCUGUCUACAGAAGUUUACAAAGAGCAUUGGCCAUUAGCAAAUAAGUUACUUCAGCUUUUUGUAAAACUGUACAGUACACUAUAUGGUCCAGAAUAUAUAUCAAGUAACGUACAUAAUCUCUUACAUAUUUUCAAAGAAGCCGAAAACUUUGGCCCCAUUAACACAAUCUCCUCAUAUGAUUUUGAAAAUGAGCUUCAACAUUUAAAAAAAUCAUUACGAAGCGGGGGCAAAUGCUUGGAACAAGCUAUAAAUAGAAUAACAGAAAGCGAAGCAUAUCAUACGCACGAUACAAAUCAACAAAUUACUUUUCCUUCUAUUCAUCUUCGUGGAGAAACAGUUACUCUUCAUAUUCGUAAAGCUUUCUGUUUAAAAAAUGAUCAACGCAACGAAUGGUUUUUGACAAAAUCAGGAUAUGUUUGUCAAUUCGGUACAGCAAUCAUGCAAGACGGAGUAAUAGAAAUAUCAGCAAAAAAGAUCAUUUACUCGUCUAGUAGUUUCAGUUAUCCUUACGAUUCUAAAAUGAUAAAUAUUCACCGAGCAAGUACUAAUGAUUUAGAAGAAAGUUUUUUUAGACUAGGAAUCAGCGAUAUAAAAUGUAAAUUAGUUGCGGCACCUCUUGCUCAAGAAGAUGCAUUCGAUUUCGUUCCUUUAAUUCACACAUUAGUAAUAUGAAAUAAAUAAUAAAUAUUUG